GACGACAUUUGCAGCAAAUUAUUCCUUGGGUAAUGAACAAUGAGCAAAGUUUAUAUCUGGAAAAUCACAAAUAUCUCCUUAUUGUGCCACCAACAUGACCAAAGUAGGAAAACAAAGUGAAGUAAAGCAGUGUACAAAUCUGUACAAAUACACAUAGCCGGGUCAUUACUAUAGACGACAGAAGGAAAUCUGCACAUAAACGAUAUUGCUUGUGAACCCAUUUCCAACACAUAUUCGCAAAACGAAAACUGAAGCAUAUAGAUGAGACAUUGGAAUAUAUAGCCUGGAGGGACCUGUUGUCAACAUUAUCAUGUUUGAAAGGGGCUGUAUUUGAAACACUUGUUUGAAGUGACAUAUAACAUUAUAAAAAGAAUUUUGAGAAUAUGGCCACAGCAGUCAACUGAAGAAACAUAUUAGAAUGAAUACAAGAGAUACAUGCAUUGCAAUUCUGCAUGUAACCGAAGUGGUCUAAGACUUGUAAAAAACGGAUGGGGAUCUGAAGAUACUAUCAAAUAAAAUAAAAACACUAUCAAUCUUGUGACUUCUUGUAAUGAAAGGUCUGCUUAAACGAUAUAAGAGAAUACAAACAGAAGAAGAAUGUUUAAAUGUCAUAUACUUGUGAUUAUGCAUUUAAUACUAGUAGUAGUCUGUCAACACAUAUGACAAUGCAUUCAGGGAGAAAUGCUUUACAUGUUGUGUUUGUGAUUAUGCUUCUAAUAGUUCUAUGCUAUAGUAUGAAAAUACAUAUGACAGUACAUACAGGAGAAAAAAUGCUUUAAAUGUGACGUUUGUGAUUAUGUAAGGAAUAAUCUGAAAAGAAAUAUGACAAUACAUGCAGGAAAAAGCGUUUUAAGUGUGAUACUUGUGAUUAUGCAUGUAAUAAUAGCAGUAAGAUAAAAAACAUAGUAUGGUUGUACAUACAGAAGAGAAACGCUUUAAAUGUGACGUUUGCAAUUAUUCAAUUCAUCAUAGUUAAUAUCUGAAAAGACAUAUGGCAAAACAUACAGGAAUGGAACAAUUAAAAUGUGAUGUUUGUGGUUAUGCAUGUAAUUACAGUGAUUAUCUGAAAACACAUAUGGAAAUACAUACAGGAAAGAAACGCUUAAGAUGUGAUGUUUGUGAUUAUGCAUGUAAUCAGAGUAGUAGACUGAAAAGUCACAUGACAGUGCAUUCAGGAAAGAAGCGCUUUAAAUGUGAUGUUUGUGAUUAUGCAUGUCAUCAUAGUGAUUAUCUGAAAACGGAUAUGACAAUACAUACUGGAGAGAAAUGCUUCAAAUGUGAAGUUUGUGAUUAUGCAUGUAUUGACAGUACUAAACUGAAAAUACAUAUGACAAUAAAUACAGGAGAGAAACGCUUCAAAUGUGAUGUUUGUGAUUAUGCAUGUAAUAGAAGUGGUAAUUUGAAAACACAUAUGGCAAUACAUACAGGAGAGAAACGCUUUAAAUGUGAAGUUUGUGAUUAUGCAUGUACUCAGAGUAGUACACUGAAAAGACAUAUGGCAGUACAUACAGGAGAGAAACGCUUUAAAUGUGAAGCUUGUGAUUAUGCAUGUAAUGAGAGUUCUAAACUGAAAAUGCAUAUGACAAUACAUACAGGAGAGAAACGCUUCAAAUGUGAUGUUUGUGAUUAUGCAUGUAAUAAUAGUUGUAAUUUGAAAACACAUAUGGCAAUACAUACAGGAGAGAAACGCUUUAAAUGUGAAGUUUGUGAUUAUGCAUGUACUCAGAGUAGUACACUGAAAAGACAUAUGACAAUACAUACAGGAGAGAAACGCUUCAAAUGUGAUAUUUGUGAUUAUGCAUGUAAUAACAGUGGUAAUUUGAAAACACAUAUGGCAAUACAUACAGGAGAGAAACGCUUUAAAUGUGAUGUUUGUGAUUAUGCAUGUAAACAGAGUAGUAAACUGAAAACACACAUGACAGUACAUACAGGAUAGAAACGCUUUAAGUGUGAUGUUUGUGGUUUUUCAUGUUAUCGUAGCGAUCAAUUUAAAAAACAUAUUGCAACACAUACAUGAGAGAAACGUUUUGAAUAUGAUGUUUGUGAUUAUGUGUGAUGUCAUAGUGGUAAUUUGAAAAAAAAUAUAUGACAAUACAUACAGGAGAGAAAUGACGUACAUAUGAUGUGUGUAAUUAGGCAUUUAAUUAAAGUAAUUAUCUGAAAAAAAAAGAAUAAACAAAAAAACAUGGCAAUAAAUACAAGAGAGAACCGCUUUAAAUGUGACGUUUGUGAUUAUUCAUGUCAUCUUAGUUAAUAUCUGAAAAGACAUAUGAUAUGGCAAAACAUACAGGAGAGAAACGCUUUAAAUGUGAUGUUUGUGGUUAUGCAUGUAAUCGUAGUGAUUAUCUGAAAACACAUAUGGAAAUACAUACAGGAGAGAAACGCUUAAGAUGUGAUGUUUGUGAUUUUGCGUGUAACCAGAAUAGUAGCCUUAAAAGACAUAUAACAAUACAUACAGGAGAAAAACACUUUAAAUGUGAUUUUUUGUUAUUAUGCAUGUAGUAAUAGUGGUAAUUUGAAAAGACAUGUGGCAACACAUACAGAAGAGAAACGCUUUAAAUGUGAUGUUUGUUAUUAAUUUAUGUAUGUAAUCAGAGUAGUAGACUGAAAAGUCAUAUGACAAUACAUUUAGGAAAAGGCGCUUUAAAUGUGAUGUUUGUGAUUAUGCAUGUCAUCAUAGUGAUUAUCUGAAAAUUCAUAUGGCAGUACAUACAGGAGAAAAACGCUUUAAGUGUGAUGUUUAUAGUUUUUCAUGUAAUCGUAGUGAUCAUUUAAAAAAACAUAUUGUAAUACAUAUAUGAGAGAAACGUUUUAAAUAUGAUGUUUUGUGAUUAUGCAUGUAAUAACAGUGGUAAUUUGAAAACACUCAUGACAAUACAUACAGGAGAAAAGCGCUUUAAAUGUGAUGUUUGUGAUUACGCAUGUUAACAGAGUAGCAGUCAGGGGUGUAACUGUUAGUUAUGUAACCUAUUUCAGUUACUUUUUCAAGCAUUUUAUAACCUGUAUUAGUUACAAAAUAUAGUUAACUUAGCUAAGUUAUUCAUAAAAGUCUUUUUGCUGUUCUCACAAGGUGACCAUUAAAGUGACAUUAGUAGUAAACUGUGGUUAAUCAAAUUCUCUUUGAGUCUGAUCAUGACUAUUAAGCAUAACUUGAUGAUAAUGGGAUGUAAGAGUUUUACUGCUUUAAAUCUUUUGCGUAAAACUUUAUCAGCCUUGCAUAAAAAUUUUUACUGCAUAGCUGGAAAGAUAAACGUUCAAGGAUUCAGGAAAUAAUUGCAUUAGUCUCAUUCAAAAUAAGGAAUUGGCACAGGAGGGCUUUGUAAUAUUUAAUGAUAACUGAAACAAGUUAUGAAAGAAUAAGCAGUAACUCAAAUGGGUUAUAAAUUGCGGUAACUUGAAGCAGUUAACCCCUGACUGAGUAGUUAACUGAAAAGACACAUGACAAUACAUACAAGAGAAAAAUGCUUUAAGUGUGAUGUUUGUAGUUUUUCAUGUAAUCGAAGUGAUCAUUUGAAAAAACAUAUUGUAAUACAUAUAUGAGAGAAACGUUUUAAAUAUGAUGUUUGUGAUUAUGCGUGAUGUCAUAGUGGUAAUUUGAAAAAAAUAUAUGACAAUACAUACAGGUGAGAAAUGCCGUAAAUAUGAUGAGUGUGAUAAGGCAUUUAAUUAAAGUGAUUAUCUG